GCGCGAGUCCCCGAGUCCCUGCCAGGCUCCAUGCAAGCGUGAUAUAUGGAGAGCUCCUCAUCGCACACACAUAGUUUGGCGCAGUCUUCCGUCAUGACAACAGAUGAAGUGACGCUGGUAAGACCAAAUGCUCUUCUGCUAAAUCUGUUACAAUCUGGUGGUGCCAAGAAGGAAACCUUUACAAUGAAAGAGGUAAUUCACCAUCUUGGUCAGUACAUUAUGGCCAAGCAGUUGUAUGACAAGAAGCAGCAGCACAUUGUCCACUGCUCUAAUGAUCCUCUCGGAGAACUAUUUGGGGUACAGAGCUUCUCUGUUAAAGAACCCAGGAGACUGUAUGCAAUGAUUUUCAGAAAUCUGCUAACUACUGAUCCAGAAGAAAGUUCUUCAAAUGGUCAACCAUCAGAACCUCAGAGAGAGGGCCAGAAGUCAGACGGUGUCUCUUUAACCCUAGAUGAGAGCCUUUCAUGGUCGGUGAUAAGUGACUCUACAGACACCUCUUCUAAUGCAUUUAUAGCCGUAUACAACGACUGGAUAUCGAGUGUAGCCAUGAUCCAAUCUGAUUCAACAUUUAUAACCGUAUACAACGACUGGAUAUCGAGUGUAGCCAUGAUCCAAUCUGAUUCAACAGACCAUGAGGCAGGUUCUGUCUCUGAUCAGUUCAGUGUUGAGUUUGAGGUGGAGUCUGUAUAUUCCGAACAUUAUAGUCCUAGUGGAGGAGAAGAAAGUCUGUCAGAUGACCUGGAUGAUGAGGUUUACCAGGUGACUAUGUACCAAGAUGAAGAAUCAGGAGACUCUUUGGACGAGGAGAUGGACAUUUCUGAAGCUGAUUACUGGAAGUGUUCACAGUGUGAUGAGAUGAAUCCUCCUAUUCCAAGAUACUGUAAAAGAUGUAGGUCUCUUCGUAAAGACUGUCUCCCAGACCAAAGUGAAAAGAAGAAUUUCCCCUUGAAAAGAAAAGAUAUGGAAGUUUCCCUGGAAGAUGUGGGCAUUGAUGUCCUAGAUGGCAAAAAGCCAAAACUGACAGAUAUGCAAGAUUCAGUUCUCGCAAGAAAAGAUGAUGAGGGAAUCCAGAGCUUUUCUCAGCCCUCCACAUCUUGUAGUCAGGAGGAGUACAGAGAUGGUGACCAAGCUCACCAGGAAAGUUUAGAAGGGAGCCUUCCACUCUCUAGUGUUGGACCUUGCGUAAUCUGCCAGACUAGGCUGAAGAAUGGCUGCAUUGUCCAUGGCAGAACAGGGCAUCUCAUGGCAUGUUAUACAUGCGCGAAAAAGCUUCAGAAGAGGAACAAGCCUUGCCCUGUAUGCAGACAACCAAUUCAAAUGAUCGUAUUAACCUAUGUCAGCUAG